CAAAACCCGACGUCGUCCAUCCACGUGUACACGCAGCGGGAGGUGUACGGCACCGUCGGCUCCCACGUCACCCUCUCCUGCAGCUUCUGGUCGAGCGAGUGGAUCUCCGAGGACAUCUCCAUCACCUGGCACUUCCAAGCCGAGGGCUCCCGUGACAGCAUCUCCAUAUUCCACUAUGCCAAGGGCCAGCCCUACAUCGAUGACGUGGGCAGCUUCAAGGAGCGGAUGGAGUGGGUGGGCAACCCCCACCGCAAGGACGGCUCCAUUGUCAUCCACAACCUGGACUACACCGACAAUGGCACCUUCACCUGUGACGUCAAGAACCCCCCUGACAUCGUGGGCAAAUCCUCCCAGGUCACGCUCUAUGUCUUAGAGAAAGUGCCCACCCGCUACGGUGUCGUGCUGGGCUCCAUCAUUGGCGGGGCCCGCAGCACCAAGGCGGUGAGUGAGAAGAAAGCCAAGGGAGCCCCGGGAGACUCCCGCAAGGAUAAGAAAUAG